AUGAAACCUUGUAUUCGCGCGUUGUGGCCAUUGUGCUUUGCAACACUCGCUCUUGCGAAGCCAGUGAAACGAGACUCGCCUCCCAAUAUUGACCUUGACUAUGGCACUUUCAAGGGCAUAGCUGAUCCAGUGAGCCAUUCAUGGGGAUAUCUAGGCAUGCCAUAUGCCGAAGCAGGUCGCUUCGAGCAUGCACAGCUCUUUUCCAGGAAGCUCGAGGGCAUCCAAGACGCCACUCACUUUGGCCCAGCAUGCACCCAGAAGUCCACAGGCUCGAUCCUCGCCGCCAAUGGCACUGGAGAUCUGGGCAUAGGUGCUGCAGUGGGCUUCAUUGAAGAAGCACUGUAUCCGCUCUCGCCCCAGUCUGAGGACUGCCUCCUUAUCAACAUCCAAGUUCCAGAAAACACUCGUCCGGAUGCUAAGCUUCCGAUCAUCAUGUGGAUUCAUGGUGGUGGUUUCGAAAUCGGUGCCCCUUACGCAGCGCUUGGCGAAACUCUGGCGGCUCCGGGUCUGGCUGUAAACUACCGCCCUGCGGGCCUCGUCCAGACUGCAGUAGAAACAGACCAACCCAUCAUUGUCGCUUCCAUAAGCUACAGACUGAAUGCGUUUGGAUUUAGCGCUUCGAAGGAGAUGGAGGAGGCUGGUCUGCUGAAUCUUGGCAUCGAGGACCAGCGUGUAGCCAUGCAGUGGAUCAAGAAACACAUUUCGAAGUUUGGUAGAGACCCUGAUAAGCUCACAAUCUUUGGAGAAUCCGCUGGCAGUUGGUCAGUCUCUACUCACUUGCUGUGGGACGGUGGCAAACAAGACCUUUUCCGGGCCGCCAUCGCCGUCUCGGGCGGUCCAGUCAUGGUUGACGGCCCAGAGAGGCAGCAAGCAACCUUCGAUAGAAUGGUUGCGAACUGCGGCUGCACUGACGCAGCAGACAAAAUCGCGUGUCUCAAGAAAGCUGAUCACGCAGAUAUCUCCGCCGCUGUAAACGAAGAAGAGUACUUCCUCGGCGCUUCUUCCCUCGCAUCAACAUGGACCAUCCGUCCCGACGGCAAGCAUCUCACCGACUCUCCUCACCGUCUUGCCGCACAAGGCAAAUUCGCAAAAGUCCCACUCAUGAUUGGCGACAUGCGUGAUGAAGGCACACUCUUCUCCCUACUCACACAGCUCAAAGUUACCACAGAAAAGGACUUCAAGGACUAUUUUCAAUCAGUGUGGUGGCCCAAGGCCAGCGACGAGGACAUGGCCGGUCUGAUGGACCUGUACCCACACGACCCGACAAAGGGCUCGCCGUUCGGGACAGGCAUCUUCAACAACCCCACGCCUAAUUACAAGCGUGUCGCAGCCCUCGUAGGGGAUUUCAGCUUCGAGGCCCAACGCCGUAACCUUCUCGCGCACUAUCCAGCUCCGGCAUGGAAUUACCUGACCGAAGUCGACGUCCCGAGCGCGGGCCUCCUACCCAACAAUCCGCUGACUAAAUUGCCCAUCCUCGGCUCGUUCCACGCGUUCGACGUUUUCUUCUACAUGUUCGCCAACCUGCCGCGGCAACUGUCUAAGAACGUGGACAAUAGACAGGCGACGGCGAUUUCGUUUGUGCGUACCCUGGAUCCGAAUAACCAUGGGCGCGAUAUCCCAUAUUGGCCGCAGUGGACGGGUAAGGGCAGAGAGACGUAUCAUUUCUUAGAGAGUGGGCCAGGGGUAAUCAGAGAUGAUUAUCGCGUUGAGCAGAUGGAGUAUAUCAAUGCGCAUCCGGACUCGUUCUUAAUUUAGGG